UGUUCCAGGAAAUGGCCGCAUUGUCUUACCGGAUGCUUGGAGGUCUUCAAGAGCUCGCUGGAACACCAACUUACAAGGCAUGGCUGCUGGAUCAAUUUGGAGUGCUCCACGAUGGAAGAAAGCCAUACCCAGGCGCCAUUGCUACUCUGGAGUGCCUGGCUUCCACCGGCGCAAAGCUCCUCCUGCUCAGCAACUCGUCCCGGCGAUCCGAGGUGACCAAGAACAAGAUGAGCGAGUUGGGCUUUGAUCCGGGCCUGUUUGCUGGAAUCAUCACCAGCGGAGAAUUAACUCACGACCACCUCCUCAGGAGACGAGACCCUUGGUUUGCUCGGCUCGGAAAGCGAUGCUUACACAUGACAUGGAGCGCUCGGGGUGCUAUAUCACUCGAGGAGUUGGAUCUGGAAGUCGUAGAGAAGCCCGAGCUUGCCGACUUCAUUCUCGUGCAUGGGACCGAGGCACUGGGAACGUCGAACGGGAGUCCAAAGCCAGCAACCUUAGAGCAGCUUCGCGAGUUCCUGGAGGUUGGAGUGAAGUAUAAUCUCCCCAUGAUAGUUGCCAAUCCGGACGUUGUCACAGUGGAAGCCAGGGAGCUCCGAGCGAUGCCUGGAAUGCUGGGCCUCGAGUACGAGAAGCUCGGCGGCGACGUCAGAUGGAUGGGAAAGCCCGACCCGGUUAUCUACCGUGCUGCUCAAACGAUUGCCAACGUCGCGCCUUCGUGCUGCAUUGCCGUUGGGGACUCGUUGGCGCACGAUAUAAAAGGAGCACAGGCCGCUGGAAUACAGUCUGUGUUUGUAGCAGCUGGAAUUCAUGCUGGUGAGUUGCAAAUUGAAAACAUAGGUGACAAACCAUCUCCAGACGCGCUGAAGUCUGUUUUGCACAAUCACGGAUCGGAUCCGUCGUAUGUCAUUCCGAUGUUUUCCUGGUAAUAAAAUAACACUGUUUUUCUUGCUGGAA